AGGAGACUAAAAAUGUGGCAGGACCAGCAGAGGAAGAUGAAGGAAUCGGCUCUUCGCCAUUUUCACAGAAACCGGAUGUUUUUUAGUUCCCGGGUAUUACCCAUCCCUCUCUGAGAGUUAGAAGGAGAUGGAGCCCGUCCAAAGAGGGAGUGGCACAUGCAGCAAGGCUACAAAUAAUCCUCGAGCCAAGGCAGCUGCAAGUCAUCGGUACCGCUGUGCUGAACUGGAACUCCACAGAGGGCACCUCUGCACUUUCCACCUCCUAACUAAAGAACGUUUGCCUCCGUUACAGUAGCCUCUUUCUUCACCUGACCUCCAAUAUGAGUUUUGUGACAGACUGGAUCAUGGAGAACAGCGACAAGAUCGAAAAGGGAGUAGAGAUACUAGGCAAAGGCUGUGAGAUCCUUGCAGCCACUGUAGGCCAGUUCAAUCCCAUUCUGGAGGCAGUAUUUAAGUUCUCCGCUAAGCUCCUUAGCAACCCAGAGAGCAAAGAGGCUAAGUAUCUUGGUGAGCAGUUUGUGAAGGUUAACCAGAAGCUGGAAAAGAUCCAGGGUGAGAUUAAAAAUAUAGAGCUGGUGAUACAGCGAUCAUCUGUGAACACCCAGAACUUCAAAUUCCAAGCAAACAUAAUCAGUCAGUAUGAAUAUUUUAAAUAUAUUUUCACAGCCAAACCUGAGUUUAAGAAACUGAAGCGAGAUGAGUUCCUCAUCUACUUUGAGGAAUUUGAGGGAGAAAAGAAUCUUGAAUGCUUAUAUGAUGCUAUCAUGAAAGAGUCUAUGCUGGACAUUAUAGUGAAAACUGAGCAGCGGAGCAGGAGGGCAGUGGAGGAAUUCUGUGCUAGCCUGAAGAAGCUGUUUGUGGUUGGGAUCAUCUCACUGAUGGGCUACGCUGCACUAAAGGAUGACACUGUGGAUGAGAAAAUGCAGAAGAAAUGGCUUGACCGCAUGGAGGACGUGGAGAAGCGCAUGAAGGCAGCAGUGGAUGAGUGUGUGAACAACUUUGCUAAGCAAGCCAAGUCUGAUAUAGAUGAGAUGCUCCGGGGGAAGCAGAGCAGUGUCAACCCUGAGUUUACUAAAUUCCUACUGGAGGCACUUGUGGAGAAGUAUUACUGGGUCUCCUGGUCAGUCCGGGUGUUUAACACUGAUGAUUGCAAACUUGUGAAGUUUCUGUUUGGGAAGAAGCACCAUAUAAAUGAUGGAGUUGACAAUUAUUUUGAACAUUUGUGUGGUAAUAAAAUAAGGGUGGUGGUGUCUUUCACUGCAGACCCUAAACCACUCGACAAGAACCAGAUAAAGGAUCAAAUAGAGAAAGAGAAGGGUGGUGUGGAGUCUAUGGCUGAGUCACUGAGCCGUAGUUUUCCCAACUGCCUUGUCCAUGCCAUCAAUCGCUGUACAAACGUGAAGGAAGACAAUAAUUUUGAGCCUGAGAACUUUUAUUAUAAUUCUCACAAAAAAGCACACAUCUGUAUCCACUCUGAAUAAUUGAAUUUGGAUUAAACUAAACAUAUUGAUGUCCAAAACGAAUCUAUACUCACUUCUAUUAAUUAAUGAGUUGUACAAUGUUUAUGAUAAUAAAGAUUUGAUUAUUUACAAAUGUAUGAUUGUUAUUAGUAAUGAUGAUGUUAUGGCACUUAAUUAAUGAAACAAGAACGAUUAAGCCUGAGGGUCAAAGCACUAAGGCUUGAGAUGAUCACUUUUGGUGAAGGCUUUUAAAAAGGAAAAAGGGCCUUGUGCGUUUGUAUAUUUUUCUCUGUGUUAUAUCCAUGUAAUAAAUUGAUUUGGAAAAUUAAUACACAUUAAAUCAGAGCAUAAUUGUAGUACAGUUUCAUGCAUCACUUCAUGCAUAUAUGAUGCAAUACUCUUCCACUUUUGUGCAAAUUAUAACCAUCUGUAUAUUGUUAAGGUAACGGUAAUGAUUAUUUUUGUGCAUUUGUAUUAUUACUUUAUCGAUCCAUCAUUUGUUCAGGAGUAAUUCAUAAUA